AUGGUAUUUUACUUGAGUUACGGAAAGCGACUUGAAGAUGAUAGUAACGAUCUAAACGGCGUACUGUUCGUUCUUGACAACUUCGUGCGAGAUACAUAUCCCGGCGCGCACCUAGUCGAUACGUUCCCAGUUCUGGACCGCUUUCCAGAUUGGCUUGCUUGGUGGCGUGUUGAGGCGCGCAUGAAGCACGAGAAGGAGAUGGAAUUAUACCAACGCCUCGUGUUGGAAGUUCGAAAGAAGAUGUUCGACAGCGGCGACAAUCUGGAAUGCUUUGCUGCAAGGCUAUGGGAUCAGCAAAAAGAGAUGAGUUUUGACCUUGAAGAUAUUGCAUAUGUGGCGGGAUCUGCGUUCGAAGCGGGAACGGAUACUACAGCGGGUACCGUUCAGUGGUUCUUGAUGGCAAUGGUGUUAUAUCCAGACACCAUGAAAGCUGCACAAGCCGAACUAGAUUCAAUACUUGGCACUGAUGGAAAGAUCCCACCAAGCUUCUCUGACAUGCAACAGCUUCCUUACUGCUACGCACUUGUCAAGGAAGUUUUCAGGUGGUCACCAGCUGCGCCGGGCGGAUUCCCGCACUACUCGGACAAUGAUGAUUUUUAUAAGGGUUAUAAGAUUAAUAGGAAGACUAUGGUCAUACCAUGUAUCUGGUCAAUGCAUCGAAGUGAGGAGGAAUAUCCUGAGCCGCAUCGCUUCAAUCCCGAUCGAUUCUUAUGUGAAGACAAACCUAUUUCAGGAGAAUCCCUUACUGAGGGUCACUACGGGUUUGGGUUCGGCCGCAGAAAAUGUCCUGGUCAGUAUCUCGGCGCGAAGACUAUUUGGAUCGGGCUAGUGCGCCUUCUGUGGGGGUUUAACAUCGGACCCGAGUACGAUGAAGCAGGAAACCCGCUUACUGUCGACCCGGACAACUGUACUUCCGGCAUGACCUCGAAGCCUAUUAAUUUUCCUUUGCAAAUCGCACCACGAUCUGCUGAACACGAGCGGACUAUCAGGAGAGAGUGGGAUGUAAUAUCGAAAGGCAUGCUGUAG